AUGGGACGAGGUGUCUUUACUGAAUUUUGGAAAAGUCAGAAAAUAUAUCAUUGGUUCUUUGGCUUACUCGUUCUUCUACUUUUAUUCAGAUGUUUAGUUUCUUUGUCGAAAGUUUCUUAUUUGAAUGGAGAAAAAGAUUUGGAGGAAGAAGCGAAAGAAGAAUUUUCAAAAUAUAUCCCAAUAAUCAACAUAUCGAUGGACUUUAUCAGCAAUAGUCAACACUCAACACGACCAGACUGUCCUAUUGAAUUAUGGAAUAUCAUCCGAACCAACACGAUUCCAAACUCUGAAAUUCAUAAAAAACUGGCACCGAAUUUUUCGCAUUCGGAAUAUCUUUACCAUACUACCCCUUCUGUACUCGCCGCCUUUGUUUACAAGGAUCAGAUUACAGUAACAUUAACCUCAGAAAAUCAGUAUAAUAAAACAGUAUACUGUAGAUAUUUCGACUGCCAACGGAGAGAGAUUCCAGAUCAGUUUUAUAGUGUUAUCUUCCCACAGUCUACAGUAUUCUGUGCGCGUCGUCCGGGAGCGAAAUACAUUUCCAUCGCAAGAAACUUCACGGAUACUCCAGAAUUUCCUGUUCCUAUAAUUCCCCGGCUAGAGAAAGAACCCCCUCAUUAUUUCACAGUUUGUAUGGCAACAUUGUAUGGAGAUGAACCGAAAUUCUUGCAAAUCGUGGAUUUCAUCGAAUACUAUAAACUUCAAGGAGCCACAUUUUUCCAUAUCUACUUGAGAAAUGUGACAGAUUAUGACCGAGUUUUGUUGGAUGACUAUGUUAGAACCGGAGAUAUUGAGAUUAUUAAAAUGCAUGAUCAUCAUUGGAGGGAUGACUUCAUGUGGCAUAAUUCUCAAAUCAAUGAUUGUCAUCAUCGAAAUAAGUACUACUCUAAAUGGACUGCACUCGUUGACAUUGAUGAGAGAAUAGAAAUAAAGAAUGAAGCCCAUAAAACAAUCCUGAGCUAUUUAAAUUCCAUCCACAACUCGAGUAUCGUAAAUCUUCAUUUUCAAGUUCAGUGGGUAAUCAAGCAGAAUAAUACGCCAGCUAGGUAUAAGAGUGAUGAGCAAGUACGGCAUACUUCGUCUGUCAAUCCAGCAGUUCAAUUUCAGCUUACCCGUGAAAUGAUAUUCCUGAAAUAUCAGAAUGUAUCUCAAGUUGGAGAUAUCUGGGAUCAACCGAAAUGUAUUAUCCGUCCGGAAAAGGUCGUAGCGAUGACUAUCCAUGUACCAACAGCAGUGUAUUCUGGUGAACGUUUCACUUUCAUUCCUCCAUCUGUGGGAGUAGUCAGACACUAUCGAAACGUGGAGCAACGAGUUUUUGCUGGUGCUCUGAAGCGAAUGAUGUCACAUGGACCAUUUACAAUUCAACCGAUACCAAAAUGGCUUAGUGAAGAAUUGACGAAACGAAUACUGGAACGAAUCAAAUCAGUUUAUAAUGUUGUAGAUGUACCUUGUAGGAAAAAGCAGAGCAUUUAUAGGAUGCAUGGAAUCGAUGCACCAUGUUGGCUGGAAAAAAGAAAAUCGAAGAUCAAAUCUAACCACGGUCACGGUCAUGGCGGUCGACCACGCCCCCCACGACCACUGCCACGUCCACGACCGCCAAGAGAAAAAACCAAUUGCCCAGCCGCCUGGAUGCUGUGGAGACGACCACAAGGCAAUUGGGGUGCUAAGGUUUUCGUGGCCCAUAUAAACCAUCCACAAGCCGAGGCACAAUGCAAUGCUCAAGGAGCAAAAUUAACGGGAUUUCAGACGGGUGAGGAGAGAAUGAAAAUAGUAGGAGAAGGUCUGAAAUUACUCCUUCUAAAUGGGUGGCAACACGGAAAUAUUUGGCUUGGGGCCAAAAGUAAGCCAGCAUGCCCCCAUGCUGGACUUUGUGCUCCAAAAGACGCAUUCUAUUGGACCGAUGGACAAACAACGGGAACCGAUGGAUUCGGAUGGGCGGUGGGACAACCAGUUGGCCUUUUUAAUGCGGGUGUUGGCCGUCAAGCCUGCGCUCAUCAAUAUGUGUUCGCUAGUGGAACGACUUAUCCAGGAUGGAGAUAUAUCCAUGGACAAUUAGACGAUCAAUGGUGCUCAGACCUAGUCAGUUUUUCGGCUAACAAAAUGUACGCUUGUGGAAAAUUGUCAACUUAA